UCUCAUCACUAGUUGGCGCCUCCUUUCACUGGAUUGGAGUGUUUACGAUACAAUUUUGGGGAUUUUACAUUUUCCCAUAAUUGUUACUUAAAAUUGGUAUCAUAUUGAUCAGCUGCAACUAUGAUAAUUUUGUUCUAAAUACUUCAAUAGCGAAAACUCAUAAAAUGGGUCUUGAUUUUGACGUGUUCGAGUUUUGCAAAAAACUACGACAGAAUCGGCCGCCGCCGUAUCAGUGCCCGCUUGAGAAAUGUGACAAGGUUUACAGUUUGUGUGGCCUACAAUACCACUUAGUUAACUACGACCAUGACAAUCCGACACCGGCUACGCCUACAGUGGCAAACAACCGAAAAAAAGGUAGAAUUCGGGCGGCAGUGCCUACAGGCGAUAUAGCGCUGCAAAGUCCCCCAAAAGAGGCUUUAACCUUCGCUGAGGCUCAAAAAGUAGUUCAAUUUGAAAUUGACGGCAAGAUAAGUAGAAUACCUAUUGAUCAGCCUUUACCUAUUAUGUCGUUGGAGGAUUGGGAGAAAAAGAAUGCCGAGUUGGAAAAACCGCUGCCAGUUGUAGAACCGCCCGUGGAACCUCACGUUAAGUUGCCUGAAGCUAGUUUUAAGUUAAUACCGGACUAUAACGAACGUGUGUGCGACGCGCCGCCGCGGCCGAACGCGUACAUACGCUUUAUAGAGAAAUCCGCUGAGGAGUUGGACGGAGAGGUGGAAUACGAUGUGGAUGAGGAAGACACGGCUUAGCUCGCGAUCACAUAUAACAAGAACAGGGCUAAGCAAGGCCUGCCAGCUGUCUCUGUGGAUACCCUGGAACUUCUCAUGGAUCGGUUGGAGAAGGAGUCUUACUUUCAGGCGACACAGAGUGGCCAGCAGACUGCGGCCACCGUCGACGAAGAUGCUGUCUGCUGCAUCUGCAUGGAUGGCGAAUGUCAGAACACCAAUGUCAUACUGUUCUGUGACAUGUGCAAUCUCGCCGUUCAUCAAGAUUGCUAUGGGGUUCCGUGCAUACCGGAGGGGCAGUGGCUUUGCAGACGAUGUCUGCAGUCACCAUCGCGACUUGUUCACUGCAUGCUAUGUCCCAAUACAGGCGGUGCAUUCAAACAAACGGACCAAGGCUCCUGGGCUCACGUGGUGUGCGCGCUGUGGAUACCUGAAGUGAGGUUCGCGAACACUGUCUUCUUGGAACCUAUUGACUCGAUCGAGAUGAUCCCGGCGGCGCGUUGGAAGCUGCAGUGCAUGGUGUGCAAGCAGCGCGGCGCCGGCGCCUGCAUCCAGUGCCACAAGAGCAACUGCUACUCCGCCUUCCACGUCACCUGCGCGCAACAGGCAGGUUUAUACAUGAAGAUGGAGGCGGCCGGCGCGGGCCGCGACCCGAGCCAGCCGGUGCAGGUCGCCAAGAUGGCGUACUGCGACGCGCACACUCCUGCGCAUGUUUUACAGGAAAGACGUGCACAAGACUCCGAGACUGACUCCAAGUCUAAUGAUCUGUCGGCCAUCAGACAAAAAGGCAGAGACAAAAUAAAACAGGCGCAUGGCCGGCAGGCGCGGCGCGUGCUGGCCAUGAAGCGGUCGUGGGCGCCGGUGGUGCUGGUGCCGACGCUGCCGGCGGAGCGCGUGGCGGACGUGGCGCGGCUGGCGCAGGGCCCGCCCGCCGCGCGCCGCGCGCUCGUCAAGCGCCUGCUCGCCUACUGGACGCUCAAGCGACACAGCCGCAAUGGCGUGCCGCUGCUGCGCCGCCUGCAGAGCCUCACCACGCAGCACGGCAGCAGAGGCAUUCAAGAUGCGACGGUCAACGUG